AUCCCACCAGAGAUUUUCUAUGGGGUUCAAGUCAGGUAAAUGGUAAAUGGUCUGCACUUAUAUAGCGCUUUACACGGUGUCUCAUUCACCCAUUCACACACACACCAAUGGUAGCAGAGCUGCCAUGCAAGGCGCUAACUUGCCAUCGGGAGCAACUCGGGGUUCAGUGUCUCGCCUAAGGACACCUUGGCAUGUAGAGUCACGUGGGCCGGGAAUCGAACCAUCGAUUAGUGGACAACCCACUGUACCAUCUGAGCCACAGCCGCCCACCCACAGGUGACUGUGAUGGCCCUGUAGAAUCUUCCAGGACUUCUUCUGCAAACAAGCCUUGGUGGAAUUUGAGUUAUGCUUGGGAUCACUGUCUUGUUGGAAGGUCCAAUGACACCCAAGCUUCAGCUUCCUCACAGAUGGCAUGAUGUUUUCUCCUAGGAUUUCCUGAUACUUCAAUGAAUCCAUCUUCCCUUCCACAUGCUGCAGGUUUCCAGUGCCAGAGGAUGCAAAGCAACCCCAGAGCAUCACCGAGUCACCACCAUGCUUGACUAUGGACAGAGUGUUCUUUCUUCAUUCUUCUUCCUCCAGACAUACCGCUGAUCCAUCGUGCCAGGUAUUUCAAGUAUUUUCUGCCCCUAGCCAGUUCAGGUAUUUCAUGUGUUCCGACUCAAGCACACCUGGUUCAACUAACGAAGCCCUUGAUUAGUUGCAUCAGGUGUGCUUGAGACAACACCUGUUUUGCAUAAUUGUGCUGUUGUGAGGGAUUCUAUUCAGGGGGUUGAAUGAUUUUAAGACUGGAGAAGUCAUUAGAAGUUACAUUUUCAGUUGAAUUUGGGGAAACCACUUGAAGCAUUCGUUGUGUUGAACCAUUUCAAUUGCUUUUGUCUGAUUUGUUCAUUGCAAACAACUGAGUCUAAAUUUUGACAAUAAACCUGAUUUGCAAUAGGGUUGAAUGAGUUUGAUUGCAACUGUAUAUGCACCUUCUAAGUAAAAUAUACACACUAAGGUACUAAAGAUGUAUGCAGCGACAAGAAAUGGUACAACUUAGUACCUUUUUUCCUGAUAGCGUACCUAAGAAUCAGGGUAAUUAAUGAUCACAGUAAUUUGAUCCAUCAUUUAUACCUUGUAUAGGUCACUGCUGGUGAUUUGGUUUUGUUUAGCAUGUCUGUAGUGUUGCUAUGUAAUGGAUAAACAAUACCACACCUAUCCAGUACAUUAGCUGAUGGCAGUCUGGUAAUACUCGACAGUCAAAUAUUCUAUAAAAAUGAAAGGCCAGGAUUUUAUCACUUUUAAUGUUGGAGGACAAAUCUUCACCACCAAGGUGUCAACCAUUAGAAGACAUCCACACUCAAGACUUGCUCGCAUGCUAGAUGACGCAGAUCCUGAAUUUAAAAUUGUAAACAGCCAAGUGUUUAUUGACAGAGACUGGGGGAUGUUUCGGUUUAUAAUGGAGUAUCUGAGAACCGGCCGAAUCACUUUAUCAGGUGAAUUUGAGACUGAUGCACUGCUGUGUGAGGCUGAAUUUUACAACAUCGGCACUCUUUCCGAUUUUCUGCGCAACAACUGCUAUGCGAAGAGUGAAAUUCUUGAGCUUCGCUUCGUCAUUCAAGAUGCUCAAAGUUUCUUUAGGGUGUUCAGUUCCAAGAGCACAACUCUUGAUGCGCUGGCCUCAAGAAUAUCAGUGUUCAUCGAACAGCCCACAAAUCCUACUCAGAAUUUGAUGGAGCGUUUUCCAGUGCAUCGACCCUCACACCAUGACCUCGUUUUUCAAUGCGGUGCUGACUGCUCUGAUGGAAAACAGUUGUCUGCAAGGUAUGUCACCAUUGAGCCAGAUGAACGAAAACUCCUCAAUGCCACAAAUGUUCUUGGCCUGAUGGUGGACACGAUUCUGAGGGAGGGCUUUCGCUUAAUCAGCACCCGCACGGUUUCUCCAGAAGAGAAAAUUGAGUGUUACACAUUUGAGAGAAGGGGAACUCUUAAUAUUCUCAUCAAUGACCCCUAUAAAGCGGAUGUAUCACCUGUAUCAAAACAAACAGAGAAAAGUACAAAAAAGGGCAAAUCACAUAAGUGAUUAAAUCAGUACUUGCCAUGCAUGUGUAAAAACCCCCAACAAAUAAAAAACAAAACAAAACAAAAAAAAAAACAAGCCAUCAGCCGAAGUGAGAACCUGAGGCGAUUUGAGGUUUCCCAGAAGAUGGCGAUGCUGUGUUAUUUAGGGCAUGAUGCAUUUGUAAAAAAAAAAAAAAUAAAUAAAAAUUUGAUAACGGUUUAUUAUUUGAGACAAUAAUACCAUGUUUUAUGCAAUAACCAGUAAUGUGUAUUUUAAAAAAUUUUUUUGAUGUCAUUUACUUAGACGGGUUAAUAAUUUUUUUUUUUUAAACAAAUCUUUCUAUUAUGUGCUAUUUUUAUGACCAGAAAGGCCUUUAAUGUUAUUCUUCAUAAUGUAGCCCUGUUAAUAUGGAUUAGUGUAUAUAUGAUUUAUAAUAUCUUAGUUGUAAUAUUUGAUCUGCACAGAGUAAGACAACCAAUUACAAACAAGUUCAUCUUUAUUUAAAUGUUAUUUUAAUUUCUUGCACAAUAAAUCAUCUGUACAACAAUUACAUCGCAAUCUGUCAUUGAACUAUGAAUCCACAGUAAUUAUUUAUGCCACAUAAAAGCUUAUGGACUUACACAUGUCUGUAUGUAUACAUAUGCAAUAUACUUCUAAUCAAUUUUGAAUCCAGGUUCCUUGUACAAACAAAUGUCACGUUAACUAUUACAUUCUUUAUAACACUAGCAGUUAUCAGAGUGCUGAAGGAGGCCCGCUCAGACUUAAUAUUUCACGGUUGUUGGCAUGCUGUAGUGAGAGAUGACCUACCUCCCCUUUCCCCUCUCCGUGGCUGAGACUUGUGCAGCGCGAGCGGACGCAGAACGGAGUGGAGUGGACGGUAAACGGCCCGCCUAACUUCAGCAGCACGGUCAAUACUGGAGGAUUCACUACUGGUUUAACUCCAAUAUUUACGUGCUGCUACAGCCAGGCAGCCAGUCGCGGCGAUGGUCAGGA